UCUGUCUGGCCACCCCACAAGGACACCCUCCUCAGAAGCACCAGCUUCUACCUCUAAGACCUCACCUUAAGAUGCAGUAUGGAGGGGCCCCGGGAGGGCCAACGUUUCCCGGACAAACGCAGGAUCCGCUGUAUGGUUACUUUGCAGCAGUAGCUGGACAGGAUGGACAAAUAGAUGCUGAUGAAUUGCAGAAAUGCCUGACAGAGUCGGGCAUCGCCGGAGGAUACAAACCUUUUAACCUGGAGACUUGUCGGCUUAUGGUUUCGAUGCUGGAUAGAGAUCUGUCAGGCACCAUGGGUUUCAGUGAAUUUAAGGAACUCUGGUCUGUCCUGAAUGGCUGGAGACAGCACUUCACCAGCUUUGACAGCGACAGGAGUGGCACGGUGGAUCCUCAAGAAUUGCAGAAGGCCCUGACAACAAUGGGAUUUCGGUUGAGUCCCCAGGCCGUGAAUUCAAUUGCAAAACGAUACAGCACCAAUGGGAAGAUCACCUUUGAUGACUACAUCGCCUGCUGUGUCAAGCUGCGAGCCCUGACAGACAACUUUCGAAGACGGGAUACUUCUCAGCAAGGUGUUGUGAAUUUCCCCUAUGAUGAUUUCAUCCAGUGUGUCAUGAGUAUUUAAAUCCAGAGGGCGCUGUGUGAACGGGAUCGACAUUCCAGCGGGAGCGCUCGCUCUUUGCUUGCCUGCAGUGACGCGUGUAAACUUGCUUCACCGCUUUUCCUUAACAGCCGUUGUAAAGGUUUAUUACUUUAUGUACAUCUGAUGUUUUUGUUUUCAGUUUAGAUAAUAAACUCUUUGGAAUUUUAUUAAUAUAA